CGGGCAGUCAUCGACUCUCCAGUGCGGCAGUUGGCCAAUAAUCAUCCGAUGCCCGCUCAAGCUUCAACUAAUUAUCUAUCGUUUCAUUCAUUAUCUCCGACUGACAUACUUCCAACAAGAUGUCCGCUCCUUCUGAUAAUAUUGCUUCCAAAGUCAAGCUCGGGGACAGGGACCCCGGGUCGACAGCUGACGUCACCAUCAGCAGCGAUGCCACAGCUGCUACCGAGCGUACGCCCGGAACUGACGAGCCAUGGCACGGCAAGGUAGCUCCCGGUGGUGUAUUCUCUCCCGAGAAGGAUCGAUACCACCUGUAUAUCGGCCUUUUCUGCCCCUUUGCCCACCGUGCCAAUAUCGCACGGCACCUGAAGGGAUUACAAACCAUCAUCCCCGUCACUGUGGUCAAGCCAUAUCCGAAGGGUGACGAGAAGGGCUGGCCGGGAUGGCAGUUUCCCUCGUCGGAUUCCGAGUACCCCGGCGCCAACCCGGACCCCUUAUUUAACUCCAAGUUCCUGCACGAGAUCUACUUCCGUGCCGACCCUGACUACAAGGGGCGAUACUCCGUCCCGGUCCUGUGGGACAAGAAGACCAACACCAUCGUCAACAACGAGUCGGCCGAGCUGCUACGCAACCUGCAAACCGGUUUCGACACGCUCCUCCCCGACGCCGACGCCGCCCUGACCCUGUACCCGGCGCACCUGCGCGCCCGCAUCGACGAGAUCGCCGAGUGGAUGCAGCGCGACCUCAACAUGGGCGUGUACAAGGCCGGCUUCGCCAAGACGCAGGAGGGCUACGAUGGCGCCGUCCCCGCCGUCUUCGCCGCGCUCAACAAGCUGGAGAAGCUGAUCCGGCACAACGGCGGGCCGUUCGUCCUGGGCGCGGAGCUGACGGAGCUCGACGUGCGCGCCUACGCCACCGCCGUGAGGUUCGAUGCCGUCUACGUGCAGCACUUCAAGUGCAACCUCGGCACCGUCCGCCACGACUACCCGCAGGUCAACAACUGGCUGAAGAACCUGUACUGGAACGUCGAGGGGUUCCGGGCCACGACCGACUUUCGGCAUAUCAAGGAGAACUACACCAAGUCGCACUAUGAUAUCAACCCGUUGGCGAUCACGCCGAUGGGUCCGUGGCCGGAUGUCGAGGAGGGGUAUGAGCCGGAUGUGAGCAGGGUGCCGGUCGGGGGGGUCAAAAUGUCGAGGGUUGUCGAGCUUGAGAAACAGCUGCCCCCUCAUAAUUUGUAGUCUGUCAUUUUGUUUACCUAGGAGGAUAGAAGACAUAGGAAACUUGCGGCUACAGCAAGCAUAUCUCAUCUCGGGAGGUGUGAAUUUUAAUAUCGUGCCAAAAGACCUACUCACGCUAGUGGGUUGUGAGAAUAGGGGGUGCAGAAACAAAGUUGUUGUUAGGAUGAGAUGUGGUCCCAACAAGAGAAACGGGGAAUAUUGAAACGUCAUAUUCAUUACCAUCCAAAGUGAGGUCAGACUGAGAAAUUGGAGUAACAGACCAGAGGACGGGGUUGAAGGCUCUUCAAGAAGAGCAAGAGAGCAAUACGCCCUGGGACAUGUAAUACCAUGGGCGUGGGUGACCAGGUCACCAGUUGAGAUGGAAGUAGGCGAGCUAGGUUUAAUGACUCUGUCAAGCAGAAGACUACAGGG